AAAGUGGUUACCCAGGCCCAAUUGUGGUACCAAAGUGAACUCCGCGCUGGCCGUGAAAGAACACUCUGCCAUCUUCCUCGCCGGACGGGAUCCUCCCGCACCAGCCUUCACCGACGGGUCGCUGGCCGUGCUUUCGAGGCUGCCCCCAUCGGAGACGCCCAGUAUCUGAGCUAGCAUGGAUAGGAUGCGGGAUGCCUUGGAGCGGGCCAAGAUGCUGGUCGGCAUGGAGUUCGACGAGGAGUCCGCGCCGCCGCCGCCUGAGGAGCAGUCCUUCUUCGACGACAUCAACCGGCACUGCACCCUCAACACCACCCAGAGGUUGUAUGGUUUUGCGAUAUGCUUGGCUGCCGGUUUGACUUGCACUUUCUUGUCGAUGAUCGUUUUCUUCAAUCCUGUGAAGUUUGGAGUUACAUUCACGCUUGGCAAUGCGAUGGCACUCGGAAGUACAGCGUUUCUUAUAGGUCCCAAGAGACAGUUUGAUAUGAUGCUUGAUCCUGUCCGUAUAUAUGCUACUGCUAUAUACAUUGCAAGCAUCAUAAUUUCUCUAUUCUGCGCUCUCUUAGUUCACAGUAAGCUGUUGACUCUACUUGCCAUCGUCUUGGAAUUUGGUGCCCUUAUCUGGUACAGUCUAAGCUAUAUACCCUUUGCACGAUCAGUUGUUUCGAAAGUGAUGGCAUCUUGCUUCGACACUGAAUUCUAGAGCAACUAUCAUGAUAGAUCUACCUUUGGUUGAUGGAACAGUAGUCUCAUUGCUGGAUCAGUAGAUGCUGCUGAUCUACUGUGUACUUUUAACCAAGGCCAUGGUCUUCUGUUAUGCUCAGAAAUAAUGUUAACCUUUUCCCCACUGUUGCUCCCUUCUUGCGCACAUAUGUAUAUGACGCUCCUUUGUUCCCUUUGGCUUGGGACAUUUCAUGAACAGUGCAUUUGUCGUGGAUUGGUAGGACCAGCACCUGAUAACGCGGUGUUUGUGUGGAAAUCCUGCUUGCUUAAAGUCAUAUAUGUUGUCAAAACUUAAAGUCCUA